AUGUCAUCAGCAACCUUCCACCCUUUCUCUCGUCUGCCUCCUGAGAUUAGGCUUCUCAUUUGGGAGCAAUGCCCUACCGACCGGAGCGAGCACCACGAUGUAACAGAGCACAGGUCUAAGGACUAUGGACUACUGGAAACAUGGUUUUAUCCUGGACAAGAUAAAAAGCGCGCGUUCCGGAUCAAUAGAAGGUUUUGGCAUGCAUGCAACGAAUCAAGGCGUGUCAUGAAGAAACAUAACAAACAACAAGGGCUUCUUGCUAAGAAGAGACGCAAGUCUGGACGAUUGUGGGACCCUGCGAUCUGCGCUGGACCCUGCUCAAUUCCCGGAUGCUCAGGAUACUCAGGACCAGGACGUCGUGGGCGAUAUAACCCGCGGUGCAGGACUUUUUACCCAGGACACAUGACACAGUUGCGUAUAGGGUAG